ACUACCCCAAAGCUUCAUUCAACCUCAUCACUCUACAUUUACUCCAAAAUGCCCACCGUACUAAUCACCGGCGCAAACAAAGGCAUCGGCCUCACCCUCCUAAAAACAUACCUCACCCGGCCCCAAACCACCGUCAUAGCAGCCAUCCGCAACCCAAACACCCAAUCCCCCCUCCUCCUCACCCUCCCCACCGCCCCCUCCUCCCGUCUCCUCAUCGUCCAAAUCGACUCCACCUCCAACACCGACGCCCCAACCGCCAUAACCUCCCUCCUAGAGCAAGGCAUCACCUCCCUCGACAUCGUCAUUGCCAACGCAGGCAUAGUCGAUCCGUCAGCGUUCGUCCCCGUCGCUGAUAUCAACAUCGCCCAGCUCCAGGAACAUCUCGAUAUCAAUACCGUGGGGCCUGUGCGAUUGUUCCAAGCUACGUUGCCUCUGCUUAGGAGAUCGCCGCGCGGGAGGUUUGUCGUGAUGAGUAGUUUGAUGGGUACGAUUGCGGGGAUGGGGGACGUGGCGAUUCCCAUUGCUGCGUAUGGAGCUAGUAAGGCGGCGGUGAAUUUUUUUACGAGGAAGAUGCAUUUUGAGAAUGAGAGGGUUGCGACGUUGGUGGUUCAUCCGGGGUCGGUUAAGACGGACUCGGGGAAUGAUGCUGCCAGGGCGGUGGGGUAUCCUGGGGCGUUUGUGGAGAUUGAGGAUAGUGUUAAGGCGGUGGUGGAGAAGAUUGAUACGUUGUCGAAGGAGAAUGGGUCGGGAGAGUUUUGGGGGUUUGAUGGGAGUGUGAUUGCUUGGUAG